AUGGCGGUACCUGAAGCUUCGCGCGGCGAGAGCGAAUACGCCCAAGAUGGGGUUGAAAACUAUGGCGCCACUGAGAAACCAUCCGCACCGUCUGGGACAUCCCCCGAAGAAUCGUCAGACGGCGCAAAACCUCGUUCUUUGUCGACAGAGUAUGACCGUACACAAGAGGAAGGCGAUGCGGCGCCAGAUACUUCAAACGAAAACCCGUUGGAUCGGGUCCCGUCUCAGGCGCAGAAACUGGGAAAGAAGAAGAUCGCGGUGGUUAUGGGUGCACUUUGCCUCGUCCUAUUCCUUGCGGCUCUCGAUAUGACAAUUAUUUCUACAGCCCUGCCGACGAUGGCAGCUGAUUUCCAUGCUUCCGAAAGUGGAUACUCGUGGAUGGCCUCUUCCUUCUCCUUGACCAACGCAGCCUUUGUCCCGCUCUGGGGCAAAGUAAGUGAUAUCUGGGGCCGAAAACCUAUUCUUCUUCUCGCCAACGCCGCAUUUCUUAUCGGAAGCUUGAUCUGUGCUUUAUCACAAAAUCUGCCUAUGGUUCUAGCUGGAAGAGCGAUCCAGGGUGCCGGGGCUGGUGGAAUCAUCACAUUAGCGAAUAUCUGUGUCUCCGACCUAUUCAGUGUUAGGGAACGUCCGGUUUACUACGCUCUUUUUGGUGCCACAUGGGCUAUUGCAGGCGCUUUGGGCCCUCUUGUUGGUGGCGCAUUUACUACCAGCGUCACAUGGCGUUGGUGUUUUUAUAUCAACUUGCCGAUUGGCGGUGCGUCUUUUGCUAUUCUUGUACUUUUCCUCAAGAUAGAGUCGCCGAAGACUCCUUUAUGGGCUGGUAUCAAGACCAUCGACUGGUCCGGUAAUCUUCUUAUUGUUGGAGCCACACUUAUGUUCCUAUUUGGCCUUCAAUUCGGCGGCGUCGAUUACCCCUGGGACUCUCCAACAGUCAUUUGCCUCAUCGUAUUCGGGAUAGUGACAUACGUCCUCGCGAUGCUUAACGAAUGGAAGAUAGCACGCUACCCCGUUAUUCCCAUCCGCCUCUUCAGCAACUGGCACAACGUCGUCAUCCUCCUCAUCUGCUUCGUCCACUCCAUGGUCUUCAUGGGCGGCUCCUACUACCUCCCUUUCUACUUCCAAACCGUCCUCCUUGUCAGCCCUAUCCUCAGCGGUGUCUACGUCCUCCCUCUAGUCCUCAGUCUCUCUUUCACGUCCGCCGUUACCGGAAUCAUUAUUAAGAAAACUGGCCGCUACCACGAACUCAUCUCUAUCGCUUUCGUCUUCCUCACCCUCGGAUACGGCCUCCUAAUCGACUUGAAACCAUACGCCUCCUGGCCCCGCCUCAUUAUCUACCAACUCAUCGGCGGCUUCGGCACAGGACCCCUCUUCCAAGCUCCCCUUGUGGCCCUGCAGGCAAACAUCCACCCAUCCGACAUGGCCUCUGGAACCUCAACCUUCUCCUUCCUACGUCAAGUCUCCGCCGCAAUCUCCAUCGUCAUCGGCACAGUCAUCUACCAAAACAUGCUCGUCAACAAACGAGGCACGAUCAUGGCAGCCGUUGGGCCGCAAAAGGCGCAGGCCCUCCAAAACGCCUUCUCCGAGAAUAACCACGACCUUAUCCGCGCGCUCCCGACUGACCAGAAGGACGUCGUCUUGGGAGCCUUUAAUUUCUCCCUCUCCCGCAUCUGGAUCUUCUACGCCGCUAUUUCUGCUGUUGGCAUGCUCGCUUGUAUAUUUCUUCGGCCCGUAGAGCUCAGCAAGACGCAUACUGUUGCCAAGACAGGGCUGGAGGAGCAGGAGCGUGCGAGAAAGGAGAUUCUGGAAGCGCAGGCUAGGGCUAGAGCUGCAAAGUUGUCUGAAGGCAAGGAGAAGGUGUAG